CGCAGCCUCAAACUCGGGAAAUCGCCAUGGACGUGGUCAAGGCUGUUGAAACAUAUGUCACAAAGCUGGUAUCGACACCCUCGGCGAUGAAGGUUCUCCUUCUGGAUACACACACGACACCCAUUGUAUCUCUGGCUUCCACCCAAUCGACUUUGUUAUCUCAUCAAGUGUAUCUUACGGACAGGAUAGACAAUCCACGGCGAGACCGUAUGCCUCACAUGAAAUGCGUCUGCUUCCUGCAGCCAAACGAAGCCAGUCUGGAAGCGCUUAUCACUGAACUGAAGGAGCCCAAGUAUGGAGAAUAUUAUCUCUACUUUAGCAAUAUUCUCAGCAAGGCCGAUAUCCAGCGCCUGGCUGACGUCGACGAGUUUGAAGUGGUCAGGGAAGUACAGGAGUACUUUGCAGAUUAUUGCCCACUGUUGCCAUCGCUGUUCUCUCUCAACCAUACACCAUCCGCUGAGCGACCCCUUUACGGAACUUCGCCGAACUCUUGGGACGAUGAUGCAUUUGAACGCUCGGUUCAAGGGAUACUUGCAGUGCUUCUUAGUCUCAAGAAGAAGCCGAUGAUACGCUAUGAGAGAAUGAGUGGUAUGGCCAAGAAGCUGGCAAGCGAAGUCCAGGCUCGUCGACAACGCAUACAAACCGAGUCUACUCUGUUUGACUUUCGCCUAACUCAGGUUGCACCGCUACUUUUGAUCCUGGAUCGACGGAAUGAUCCUGUGACGCCUCUCCUAUCUCAGUGGACAUAUCAGGCCAUGGUCCACGAACUGCUGGGAAUUCAGAAUGGCCGCGUUAAUCUCAGUCACGUUCCAGACAUUGGGCCAGAACUUACAGAGAUAACAUUGACUACCUCCACCGACUCCUUCUUCCAGGCGCAAUAUCUUGCUACGUUUGGCGACCUCGGGACCUCGCUCAAGGAUUAUGUCCAGUCUUACCAGACCCGUUCCCUCGCUCAAUCACCGUCUUCCAUUAAUUCAAUAUCAGAUAUGAAGCGUUUCAUAGAGGAAUAUCCAGAAUUCCGAAAGCUUGGCGGAAAUGUCAGCAAGCAUGUUGCGCUCGUCGGCGAACUAAGUCGCCUUGUGGAACGCGACAAGCUUCUAGACGUGGGUGAGGUUGAACAAGGCCUUGCCACAAGUUCGGGUGCAGAUUACAGACUUGUUCAAGGAAUUAUCACCAAUCCCGCUGUACCGACGUUCAAUAAACUUCGUGUGGUUAUCUUAUAUGCUCUACGCUAUCAAAAGACCCAAACGAGUAACAUCGCUUCUCUCAUCAAUUUAUUGCUUUCGAAUGGUGUACCACGGGAGGAUGCCAGACUUGUCUACGUUUUCCUCAACGUAGCAGGCGCCGAUCAGCGACAGGAUGAUUUGUUCUCCACAGAGUCGCUUUUAGCCAAAGGCCGCUCCGCUUUAAAGGGAUUGAAGGGGGUCGAGAACGUGUAUACACAACACACGCCUCAUCUAUCGCAAACGCUGGAAAAUCUGUUUAGAGGUCGUUUGAAGGAUAUUAGCUACCCACUUCUGGAGGGCGCUGGCACCAAUGCAGCAUUGCACAGGCCGCAAGAUAUCAUUAUAUUCAUGGUCGGCGGUACAACGUACGAAGAAGCACGGACAGUCACCCUUCUGAACCAAGAGUCUGCUUCAACGGGUACUAGAAUUCUGCUGGGAGGAACGUGUGUUCAUAACUCUUCCAGUUAUGUCGAGAUGAUGCGAGACGCUGCUGAGAAGUUCAAUACGAGCGUGUAUGAACCACCGCCCGAAUCUGCGUCAAAUGCGCCGAUACUCAACCUCAACCUGGGAGGUGUGAACGUCAGCUUGGGUGGUCCGGCCGGAUCGGGUGUGUAUAGAAGUAGCUCAGACAAUGUCGGGGUGCAGGCAGAUGGGAUAAGGGACGGUGUGCGGAACUUCAUCGGGAUUGUCAAGCAAGGGGUCGACAAGAUAGGAAUGCAAUAAUGUAUCAUGCUGGUAUAAUAGUCUCCGU